CUAACGCUAACUCAUAUGCGUACGAUCCUUCUGUGUCGCCUGCUCGGCUAAAGCCACUCGAUGCAGGCACAAUUAUGGCGGGCAAUGUAUCAGAAACUAGCACUCCCUCUGAGCUUUCCAAUCCCACAGUAACUAGCUCUGUGACUUCCAACUCGUCUGUGUGCUGUCCAAUCCAGCCAACAUCGAUCUGCACUGUCCUUGGCACAAAGCCAACACUAUCGACCCCAAGGACAACCGAUGCGAAACUCUUCAUAAGUCUUCAUUCUAGCAUAGGCACAAGCCCUGAAAACUCCAUGGGGGCACAGUCCACUCAGGGCCCAAUACCCAAAGGCGAGCCAGAUAUCAAGAAAAGACUGGAGCCCGCAGAAGUUGUCAUCUUCAACAAUGCGCUCUUCGACAACAACAAAGAGUUUCAGUUGGGCAGCAAUGACGAUAUCGGAUUGCUGGAGAGCACGUUUAGCGCACUCAAGUGUAAAGUGACAAUCUUUUCGGAUGCAACGCUCAGUGACAUAAGGAGCAAUAUGCAAAAGCUGGAAGUGAAAAGUUUCGAGGAUCGGUCAGCUGUGGUGUUGGUUGUCUUGAGUCAUUGCCACCAGUACGAGACGAUAGCAGCCAAGGAUGGGUACUACAAUCUGGACACUGAGAUCAUCUUUCCCCUACUGCGCAAUGAAACGCUGAUCAACAAGCCGAAAAUGCUGUUCGUUCAGGCCGGCAGGGGCUCUAGGGAGUUGCUCAGAUAUCGCACAGAUACAAAUUCAAAUAAGUGCCCUCAGCUUUAUGCUGCGCCCAGCGAUAUACUAAAGUGCUACUGCACCUACGAGGACUCUAAGUCCUGUCAAAAUACUAGUGGCACGUCCUUCAUUCGGGAACUCUGCAAUACGUUGAGCUCCCGUCCGAAUGUUGAUAUUGAAAGCAAUGUAAAGAGCGUCUCGAAGUGUGUAAUGGCCUCUACCAGGAAAAGCCAAGUGCCAUUGAUGACUAGUACAAUGACCAGAAAAUAUACUUUUGGAGACUAUAUCUGAGUCGCUAACAUUGGCUGUUGAACGUAUGCUGCUUGGAGAGCACUCGAAAGAUAUGCUUUGACUGCGGCCAGAGAGAGAUUGAGAGAUGGCAAUGUGUCUGUGUAUGGAGGAGCGUGUGAGUGUGAGAGAGCGAGAGGGAGAGUAUUUUUCUGAUUGGAAAAUAGUUUCUCAUUCUUUUUGUGUACGUAUCAGUAAAAGUAUUUAGACUU